AGUGCGGAGGCCGCACAACAGACAGGUGGAACGACGACAUCGCGUCGCAAACUCAGUACAGGAUGGAGACAACAAGCAUCACAUCCGAUGGGGUGGAUGGUGUUGGGUCGACAACAACGCUGCCGCUUCAUCUCUCUGCGACCAGCGGAGGACCUAGCGAAAGCAGCAACGGCCAACACCGUGGGAGUUUAUCGAAGCGAGCGAACGCAGCAGCAACAACAGCAACACCGGCAUCAUCGAAUGGUUACAGAGGAGUAGCUUCCCCGCGAACAAGCAGAACCACGAACAGCAGCGGAGGCUUCGACGCCAAGAGCAAAUCGAGGCACCACAAAACGUCCCAACUCCCGGGAACACGCCGGCAGCUCUACCGGGGAAUCGUGGUUCUCGUAGCGGUCUCGUGCUGCAUCACGGUGUACUCCACGCUCGCCGUUGUUGGAAACGAGGCCCACGGAACUACCAGCAGCGAUGAGCACCCGAUGUCGCCGGAUUUGUACCUUGCUACCGGCCGAAGGGUUUCGGACCGGCCACGGACCAUGGUGUGGAGGCCGGAGUUAAAACGGGGCGACUCCCAUGGGAGCCCCCUGGUUCGCGUUCCUUCGACUCUGCCGCUGCACCUCCCACAACCCUUUGUAGCAGACACCGCCGACGAGAAAGCCAGAGAAGUUUUCUUCGAGCUUCCAGGGAUCUCCAAUGCGACAACAGAAGACAACCAUAUCGACGACGGAUCCGCUUCGGCAAAGGACAUGACGGCCGCACGAAACUCCACCUCGGAAGAAGGCCCUCAAUCCUCUUCCGCGACCACCAGGGACGGGAAAAAAUGCCUGCCCAUGGCCGAUUGGAUGGAGGCUUCUUUUCCGAACUGCAAUUCCGUCCACGAGAUCGACAUGCGAACCUCCGUGUCGACGGCCAACGGCGAAGACGAGACGGAAGCCGACCUGAAAUUCUUGGGGCAGGGUUGGUUUCGCGCAACGUGGAAAUACCGGAACUACGAUUACGAUUACGAGGAGGAAAGCGAUGAGGAACCGGAAGGGAGCGACGAAUCGCGGUGGAAGCCUCCACCCCCACCGAGCGCCGUCGUCCUCAAGACCCUCCGGAUUGAGCGGGAAUUCCUAGACGAAUAUUUUGACCUGCACCGCCGGGACGCGGUCGCCAUGGAGCGGCUGACCUUUAGUCCCUACGUUGUCAACGUCCAUGGAUACUGCGGCCAGUCGGCCAUCAACGAGCUGGCGGAGGGCAUACUGGGCGGGAAGAUCACCAACCUCGAACAGCUGGACCGGCGCCUCCGGGGCAAGGAGGAAGACCCGCAGGCCCUUUUCCUCAAGCUCCAGCUGGCGACGGGGGUCGCGCUGGGUCUGGCCCACGUUCACAACGUGCACGUUUCCGACGCCAGCGGGGGGCGGUCGGGAUCGGUCCAGACGCUCCUGUACGAGCACACGGACCCGGACUCGGCCCACAGCACCACGGGCUUUGGUCGGUCGGUUCCGACCAUGGCACACUACGAUGUGAGUGAGGAAAUCCUUUCGCAGGACUCGUUCGUUUCCGUGCAGCCGCGUGCUGUGCACCACGGAGGUGGAUCGUGGUCCCCUUGCGAUGGACUGGGCUGGGCUGGGCUGGAUUUCAUCUUGCGUUUGCGUUUGCGUUUGCGUUUGCGGAUCCAUCCAUCCAUCCGUUCAUUCACCAGGUCUCAUUCAUUCCACUCCUUUCCCCUCUUCUCAUUCCUUUUUCCGUCUGCCAGCUCAAUCCUCGCAACAUUGCCAUUAUGCGGGACGGAAGCCCCAAACUCAACGACUUUAACAUCGCCGAGUUCCUAACGUACGAUCCGGACACGAACCAGCCCUGUGGCUUCCGGUCACGCCUCCACGAGCCGUGGUGGCGGGCCCCCGAGGAAAUGAACACCAACCACACAUCCUUUGUCGACGAAAAGGUGGACAUUUACGCCCUGGGCGAGGUCCUCUUCCACAUCUUAACGACGCACGGGCCCCGCGGAAAGAUGAAGAAAUACCGGAUGGAGGAGGUCCGGGAAGUCGUGCGGAAGGGCAUCCGCCCGGACAUGUGGGAGCCCUUUGCCAGCGGGGGCCGGGACGGAAAGCUGGCCCAAAACGGUGUCGUCCGGGCCUUUUUCCGGGCCAUGGACCUGUGCUUCGAGCCCGAUCCGGCGAAGCGGGGGACGGCCAUCCAGGUGGCGCGGGUCCUGCACAGGGCCCUGGCCAGGGAGAAGGAGGCAAAGCGGAAGCAGCAGGCACAAGGGGAAGAGCGGCGCUAGCACUAACACUGGCACUAACACUGGCACUACCAGUAGCUGCAGCUGCAGCUGCAGCUGCAGCUAUAGAAUCAGGACGCCGCGCGAAGCGGGGAACGGCACACGCGUGUGUCGUUCUAGUUCUAUCCGUCCGGAACGGACGCGCUGUGCGGCGGGUUGAUCGAUUCGCAACAGUAAACCUUGUUGUGCUAC